AUGUCGGACAUCAAAGAGUCUUAUGCUACGACGACCUCAGAGAAUGGCGUAAGUAUCAUGUUCAAACUACGAGCCGUUGACUGUACUUACACCUACCAGGACCACAAAGGUGCUGUGGCUGACAUCGCCAUCAUCUCUGGCUCUGAAGCCAUAGCAGAAGCCAAGCUGAAGGAGCCUGUUCAACGUUUCUCCAGCUCUGCUAUGCUGCUCUACGUCUGUGCAUUUGUGGGAUUCUUUUGCUCGACAUGCAACGGGUUCGACGGAUCCAUGUUCAACUCGCUCCUCACCAACAACACCUUCAAGGAGUACUACAACGUCGAGAGUACUGGAGCCUGGGCUGGUAUCGUCACCUCCAUGUACCAGAUUGGUGGUGUUGUUGCCCUUCCCUUUAUCGGCCCCGCCUGCGACACUUGGGGUCGUCGCAUUGGUAUGAUGAUUGGCGGAGUUCUUGGCUGCACUGGUGUCAUCAUCCAGUCAACUGCUCCUGCGUCCAACCCUGUCGGCCAAUUCAUGGGUGGUCGUUUCCUCCUCGGCUUCGCAGUCCCAAUCAUGACAACCGCUGGUCCGCUUCAUGUCAUCGAGACUGCGCAUCCAGCUCACCGUGGUAUCAUCACUGGUCUUUACAAUACUUUCUGGUUCGUCGGAUCACUUCUCGCUGCUGGUGUCACACGUGGGUCCGCCAAUCUCGCGGGCAACCAAUCUUGGAGGAUUCCCGUCUGGCUUCAGAUGCUCUUCCCAGCCUUACUCGUUAUUUUACCUCUUCUUCUUCCAGAGAGCCCUCGCUGGCUGUACACCCGCGGCAAACAUACCCAGGCUAAGAAGACUCUCGCCAAGUACCAUGGUUGCGGCAAUGAGGACAGCAUCUGGGUUUCCAUGCAGAUUCGCGAAUACGAGGAAUACCUCAACAUGGACGGAGGAGACAAGCGCUGGUGGGACUACGGCUCUCUCUUCAAGACUCGUCCUGCGCGCUACCGCCUCGCUUGCAAUUGCAUAGUCGCGAUCUUCGGUCAAUGGGCAGGCAAUGGUGCUGUCGACUACUUCAUCUCUGGUGUUCUCGAAUCUGCAGGCGUCACGGACGAGAUCAAGAAGAUGAACAUCAACUUGGGAAAGAGCUGCAUGCAGCUUGCCUUCGCUGUCGUGGGAGCUCUCUGCGUCGACAAACUGGGUCGACGACCCAUGCUGAUCGGUACCUUUUCGACCGUGACAGUAAUUUGGGCCGGAGCCAUCGGCGCUGUUUCUUACCAGAACAAGACCGGAAGCAUCCCUGCCGGUAAUGCCUUCGUAGCAUUGGUCUUCCUCUUCAACGCCGUCUUUGCCUUUGGUAUUACUCCGCUCCAAGCCCUCUACCCCGUCGAGGUGCUCUCAUUCGAGAUGCGCGCCAAGGGUAUGGCCUUUUCCAACUUGGCGCUUACCACAGCCAUGUUGAUCAACCAAUUCGCCUAUCCUAUUGCUCUAGAGAAGAUUGGCUGGAAGCUGUACAUCGUCUUUGCCUGCUGGUGCCCGGUCCAGGCUUUCGUCGUCUGGCUCUUCAUCCCGGAGACCAAGAACCGCACGCUCGAGGAGAUCGAUGACAUCUUCAACGCGCCGAACCCGAGGAACGCGUCGCUUAUUAAGAAGAGGCUCGCCACCGACGCGCAAGGCAACGUUCUUGAGGUCGAGAAGCUGUAA